AUGAGCAGGGGUGAAGAUUGGGGCAUGGCCACUGAUCAAAAUUGUUACAAUGAAACCGAGCCAAUUUCAGAGGAAGGGUAUUGGGGAAGUAUGACAGACGUUAGGAUGAUGCAAAUAGCAGAGGCAGCGAUACAAGAACUAAGAACAAGAGGUUUAAAAGUGCAAAUCCUCAAUAUUACACAGCUUUCAGACUACAGGAAAGAAGCUCAUCCUUCUAUUUAUAGGAGACAGUGGGUGCCUCUAACUGAAGAGCAAUUAUCAGACCCUCGGAGAUAUGCAGAUUGUGUACAUUGGUGCCUUCCUGGAGUGCCUGAUGUCGUCCGAAGUGUUCUUAUGGGUGUCUACCUGGCCUUGGCCUGGAUGAACCCUUAUGAUGGAUGGGUUGGGCUAACCUUUAGUGAGGACCGUCGCAAUGAAGCAGUUAAUCCUUUCAUUCUCAAUUCAAGCAAGCAUCAGCUGCAGAUUUCUCCUUAUCAGGAAUACAACACCACGAUUGAUUUCUAUUGGGCUCCAUUCCUAGUGGAAUCUAAUUAUGAUAGAGCGGCAGGCCCUGUCCAUGGAAUAUCAGAGCAAAUUGUCAGGGUCCAGGCAAUUGAAAAGCAUGCUAGGCAUUGGACCGAUGCAGAUAUACUUGUCUUUGAUUCCUAUGCUUGGUGGAGAAGACCCAAAUACAAAAUUUUGUGGGGAUCAUUUGAAAAACCUGAUGACGGGAUCUACAAAGAAGUAGACGCACUACGAAGCUAUGAGAUGUCUCUGAAAACAUGGUCAGACUGGUUGGAUAUUCAUGUGGACCGCAACAAGACUCGGCUGUUUUUCAUGAGCAUGUCGCCAACACAUGAAUGGGGCGAAGAAUGGGGCAUGGCAAAGGGUGAAACUUGCUACAACGAAACAAAUCCAAUCUCAAAAGAGGGAUAUUGGGGAAGGGGAUCAGAUAUAAGAAUGAUGCAGAAAGUUGGGGCAGCAAUUGAAGAGUUGAAAAUUAGAGGUUUGAAAGUACAAUUUCUUAAUAUAACACAGCUGUCGGAGUACAGAAAAGAAUCUCACCCAUCUAUCUACAGAAAGCAAUGGAAACCCCUAACUGAAGAGCAAUUAUCAGACCCCCGACGUUAUGCUGAUUGUAAACAUUGGUGUCUUCCAGGAGUGCCUGACGUCUGGAAUGAGAUCCUCUAUGCCUACAUUUUUGGUUACGAAUAA